AUGAGGGAAAUCGUGCAUAUACAAGCAGGACAGUGUGGUAAUCAGAUUGGUGCUAAGUUCUGGGAGGUUAUAUCAGACGAGCAUGGCAUAGAUCCAACUGGCACAUACCACGGCGAUUCCGACCUUCAACUAGAGCGUAUUAAUGUGUACUAUAACGAGGCAACCGGAGGUAAAUAUGUGCCCCGAGCGAUUUUGGUCGAUCUCGAACCGGGUACAAUGGACUCUGUCCGCUCAGGACCUUUCGGACAGAUUUUCCGCCCAGAUAACUUCGUCUUUGGACAGUCAGGAGCUGGUAAUAACUGGGCGAAAGGGCAUUACACAGAAGGCGCAGAAUUAGUAGAUUCUGUAUUGGAUGUGGUGAGAAAAGAAGCUGAAGGUUGCGACUGCUUACAGGGAUUUCAAUUGACGCACUCGCUAGGAGGUGGUACCGGCGCUGGUUUAGGAACGUUGCUUAUAUCGAAAAUUCGAGAAGAAUAUCCAGAUCGUAUUAUGAAUACGUUUAGCGUAGUACCUUCGCCCAAAGUGUCGGAUACCGUCGUCGAGCCGUACAAUGCUACGCUAUCUGUGCAUCAGCUGGUAGAGAACACUGAUGAAUCUUACUGCAUUGAUAAUGAGGCCCUAUAUGACAUUUGUUUCCGAACCUUGAAGCUAACUACACCAACGUACGGUGACUUAAACCAUUUAGUAUCUGCGACUAUGUCCGGUGUUACCACUUGUCUCAGGUUCCCGGGCCAAUUGAACGCAGACUUAAGGAAAUUGGCCGUCAACAUGGUACCUUUCCCUCGUCUUCAUUUCUUUAUACCAGGUUUUGCUCCCCUUACAUCUCGUGGCAGUCAGCAGUACAGAGCACUGACAGUACCGGAGCUGACGCAGCAAAUGUUUGACGCUAAGAACAUGAUGGCCGCCUGUGAUCCCCGUCACGGUCGUUAUUUGACAGUUGCCGCUGUUUUCCGAGGGCGUAUGUCAAUGAAGGAAGUGGACGAGCAAAUGAUGAAUAUUCAGAAUAAGAAUUCAUCUUACUUCGUUGAGUGGAUUCCGAACAAUGUGAAAACAGCUGUGUGCGAUAUUCCGCCUCGUGGUUUGAAAAUGUCUGCUACGUUUAUUGGAAAUUCGACGGCUAUUCAGGAGUUGUUUAAGCGGAUUUCGGAGCAGUUCACAGCCAUGUUCAGACGCAAAGCAUUCUUGCAUUGGUACACGGGCGAGGGUAUGGAUGAGAUGGAGUUCACUGAAGCGGAGAGCAAUAUGAAUGACCUGGUGUCUGAAUACCAACAGUAUCAAGAUGCAACUGCCGAGGAGGAAGGUGAAUUUGAUGAGGAAGAAGAGGGUGGUGAUGAAGGAGACUAG